AUGAGUAGAUCAAAUUCAGUCACAACGUAUAUAAGACAAAAGCCACUCUUUGAACAAAAUGAUGAUGAUGACAAUGUUCAAUUUCAACGCAAGUAUGGAGUCUCCUCUCUUUCCAAAUCAUUGCAAUUGUUAGGCAUCAAGCCCAAUGCGAGUCGAACAAAGGCACUCUUACGUUUAACUGGAGAUUGGGAAGGUAGAGAUGCUUUAUUGCAAUUUGCUCAAUCCCUCUCACUUCUUUGCUAUUCCAUGGCACCCAUAAGGAGAAAACAAUUACACAUAGCUUCAGAGAGCUUUGCGAAUGCAAGAAGGAUAUUCAUCCUCGGAAGGUGGCUCAAUGACGGUGCUGAAACGUUGAGAGAGUCAUGGGCAGCCACAUCCAACAAAAGCAAGGAUGAUGGACCUGAUUCUUCGUCUUCAGACACUUCCAGUGACGAACAGGAAGGAAAUCUAGAAUUGGAAUCAAUUCGAUUUGGGGGUACAGAAGAAGAUGUUCUUGGUAAUGCACAGAAACAAAUUGGCGAAUCAAUCAAUUCCCCUUCUGGUAAUAAUGCCCGGAUACAAUCAUCAGCUGCCAAACAGUGGCAGAAGCAAUGGCGGAAACGGGUAGGACUGAUUUCGGAAUAUCUAACGAUGCUUGGGGAUGGAUGUGAAGUUGUGGCAUUACUUGGUGGAUCGAGCGUAUUAUGGAGAAUCAUAGGAGGUAGAUUAGCAGCCCGUCAAAGGCAUGGAUUAGAAAGAAUAGCCCAAUUUAUCUUCUUUUUCGCUUUUACACUCGGUCUACGACAUAUCGAACUGUUAAGACAAGAAAGGAUACGAAAGCUUCGAAAAGCAAAUAAGAAACUUCUGCGUGCGUCCGAUCGUGUUUCCGCAGAAGCUGAUGCUAGCACUCUGCUCCAAGCACGUCCAUUGAGUGUUACGGAAGCACUCUCUUCGCAUUCUGAUGAUCCCUCCAAAGAUGAACAAAGAGUCAGGUCGGCCAAUGCAGGAGAAUCGAGGCUUCGCAAAGCUGAAUACAAAUUGUUAAUGCAACGUAAGAAGAUACAAUUAUUAAGACUAGAACGUACCUCGCUUCGUGCCGAGCUACUCUUCACCAUUGCUGAAAUUCUGUGGCCACACCAUGAUCAUACCCGAUUGGAAGGCUGGACGACGUUCGUUGCUUCUAUCUGUCAUAUGUCACGUUUAACAAAAGAAGCUCGUUGGCACUGAGAUCGAAUGCAAUUGUACUUUUAUACCAACAACAGUAUUGUCCAAACGUCUAUUUAUUUGAGUGAUCUUAAUCUGUGUAUUCCGUCCAAGUCUAAGCGUUCUUGUGUCCAUUCUUUCAUCGGAAUUGCACCCAAGACUUCUUCAUAAAAUGCAAUACUUGGCGCAUUCCAAUUCAAGACUGACCAAUCCAUUCGUUGACAAUCAUUUUCUUCUGCUACUUUUCCCAACGCUCUAAAGAGUGCCUUUCCUGCUCCUCUGUUACGGACCGAAGGAUCAACAUAAAGAUCUUCUAAGUACAAAGAUGG